AUAUUUCCUCAAGAAGGGUGGAGACUGAAAGACAGAGACAUAGUAUCCAGUACCUUGACCAAAAUUUUGGCUCAUAAUUCUUUUUGGUAGUGUGGGAGCACUACUGAAUCCAUAUUUAUCUCUGUGGUCCAGAAUAAACUGCAGAAAAUGGCUCUGAAUAUACCUGGCUUGGUAGCUUUGAUUGUGUUUUAUGCAAUAACUUUAGCCAUUGGAAUUUGGGCUUCUUGGAAAAGCAAAAAGUACCAGAAGAAAGGGAAACCAAGUGAGAUGAUCAUAGUGGGGGGCAGGAACAUGAAUUUUUUCAUUGGAUUAUUCACUGCGACGGCAACAUGGGUCGGAGGAGCAUAUAUCAAUGGUACAGCUGAAACUGUCUAUCUUCCCACAAGAGGACUAGUGUGGGUCCAGGCACCAAUAGGAUUUGCUUUGUCCCUUGUCAUUGGUGGCCUCUUCUUUGUAAAUCCAAUGAGAUCCAAAAAUUAUGUGACAAUGAUGGAUCCUCUCCAAGAAACAUACGGGAACAUGAUUGGAAGCCUUCUCUUUAUUCCACCAUUAAUAGGAGAUAUAUUCUGGUUUGCAGCUACUCUUGCUUCAUUAGGGGCAACAAUGAGGGUCAUUUUGGAUAUCAGAGGCUAUUUGGCCAUCAUCAUAUCGGCAUGCACUGUUAUAUUCUACACUUUACUGGGAGGACUGUACUCAGUUGCAUACACCGAUGUGAUACAGCUGAUUUUUAUUGUGCUCAGCCUGAUUGCAGAAUUUAGCCCAUAA